AUGGACGAGAAUGGUGCGCAAAUUUUGUCCGAGCCCCUGAGCAUCGUCAUUUUAGCCUUCAUUGGGUUGCUAGUGCUGUGCAGCUUUUUCGGCAACGCCGUCAUCCUGACGGCCAUCCACUUUGACCGGACCAUGCAGAGCGUGGGUUACCUCUUCGUCGGUUCCAAGGCCGUGUCUGACCUGCUGACCAUCAUUGUGGUGGUGCCCUUGGCGGCCAUCGACGACCUCCUCAACUACUGGCCCUUCAGCGACAAACUUUGCGAGGUGUGGAUGGCCCUUGACGUGACCCUAGUCACGGUGCCCAUUCUCACCCUGCUCGCCCUCGGAAUCGACAGAUACAUCCACAUGAAGUACCCGACCUUCUACCUGAGUUACUUCACCAAGAAAACGGUGGUCCUGAUCAACGUGGCCGCGUGGCUCAUGUCCUCGUGCGUGUUCGGCAUUCCGUGGAGCGGCGACUUCCACCGCACUGGGCACCGUCACGACGCGCACAACCGCACCGUGUGCAUUCCGCAGUACCCGCCGGCGCUGUCCUUCACGUUCGCCGCCCUGUCCUUCGUCGUGCCCAGCGUCUGCAUGAUCGUCAUCUACAACCGGCUGUACCAAUACUCCAAGCGGACGACCCAGAAGUUCCAACUCAUGUUCAAGACCCUGCAGAUGAACUACCCUGACCUCGACCCCAAGAUCCCCUUUCUCUCGGAGCAAAGAGCCACCAACACCAUCGGCAUCAUCAUGAUCACCUUCAUCGCGUGCUGGACACCCUUCUUUGUCUUGGUCAUGGUCAGGGCGUUGAGCGACGGUUCAUGCUGCCCUUCCUGGGUUUUUAAGUUGGUCACUUGGAUUGGAUACUCGAAUUGUGUGCUGAGCCCUCUGAUCUACGCGUCAACGAACCAAAUUUUCAGGGCGGCGUUCGCCAAGACCCUCGGCGUAAUCAACCAAGAGACCUACGACAGGAAGGUCAGCGUCGAGGUCAGGCCUUCGAAGAGGAGCUCGAACGAGUCCGAGCAAAUUGAGUUGAAUUAAUUCAUUUCUUUAUGUAUUUGUGUUUUUAAUGAAAC